ACCGGAUGCAACCUGCUGUUUUUGGGACCGAACGAGAACGCAUCUAUAUGCAGAGCUUUCUGCAACGACAACAGCGCACACGAUAACUUCAUUUUUCUUUUCCAAAGGAUUGACAGAUAAUAUAAGAUCAAGGUUACCUACAACCCUGACAGGCUGCCUUGUUGAUGCGAACGCUCAACACCGCUAAGCACACACUAAUCCGUGGUCUGUCCUUAAUCUCCUGCCUAACACGGUACUCGCUGCGGACCGUGCCAAAGUGGCUCUUUACGCUUAACCAACGCUUCAAUCUCGCUCCGGUGUGUGUUUGCGUAAAGGUGCUGUAGUUCCAGCUGAUGGCCAACCUGCCUCUCCGUGGUCUCUGUGGUACCUCGUGGUGUUUGUGCCAUCUAGGGUUAUCCGCCGCUCCAAUGCAGUCUUUCUAGCGCAGAGACUUCGCACCUCUCCAUCCUAUAGCUCUUGGACAAACAACUCCUAAAUUAUUGAAACAAACAAAAAACUUUCUUUUGGAUGUACUGUUUUUUUUUUUUUUUGUUUUGUUUUUACUUUCGGCUUGGACGGGCGUUUAGGAGCCAAAGAGACGCAAACAAUCACAAGGACAUAUUGUGAUUUCACUGGGGAGAAAAUAGGAAAACCGCCUGUGCCAUGUAGCAGCACUCUCUCGCCUGGAAAUACAGCGAAGACGAGCCCACACAGCAGCGAGCUAGUUAUUUUUACUUGAAGGGGAAACUACAAAUAUGCUGUGAAGCUCUUCGUCGCAGCUUAGCUCCCCGGCACAAGCGCAGGUUUCCAGAGCAUCUGCUGCUGGGAAAUAUUGUCAAGGAGAGAAGAAGCGACAUGCGGUUCGGUAGGCAGCGGGUUUUGCAGUUCGUCUCCUGGAAUUAGUGGAUGAAUGGGAAGGGAGCGGCUGUAGCCUCGAACCAGGGAAACAGAAUACUGACUACUGUAUAGAGCCUGCGGCGGCACACUAUGGAUACUUGUCCGUCUCUAAAGGUGAAAGAGUGAACGGAUGAGUUGGAGAACUUCUUCCUCAGCUCACACCGAGACGUCACUGUGGGAGGAAGGGAAAGACUUGGGAUUGUUUUUGCCCGCAGUAGGCAUUCAAGGUGGUUAACGAUAUCCAACAGAGACAAAUGUGACAACUAUCAAGAAGCGGUGUUAUAGGAAUCGGAUCCCACCUUCUUGACAUGAAUCACUAUGUGUUUGGAUACCUGACCUGACCUGACCUAACAACUGAUCCUGUUACUGUCCCCUUUCUAUGAACUAACAUGGACAAAGUGGUCAUCAGUCUCCUGCUUCUGGGAACCGCAGUUACGAUGGUCCAUGCAUGUCCCAAAUACUGUGUCUGCCAGAACCUCUCAGAGUCUCUGGGGACUCUGUGCCCCUCCAAAGGCCUGCUCUUCGUCCCACUGGACAUUGACCGGCGAACUGUGGAGCUCCGGCUGGGCGGCAACUUCAUCCUGAAGGUCACCACUCAGGACUUUGCCAACAUGUCAGGUCUGGUUGAUCUCACCUUGUCCCGCAACACCAUCAGCACUAUCCAGCCUUUCUCUUUCAUUGACCUGGAGACCCUGAGAUCCCUGCACCUCGACAGUAACCGGUUGACCGAGCUGGGACCGGAUGACCUCCGAGGGCUGGUAAACCUGCAGCACCUGAUCCUCAACAACAAUCAGCUGAGUCAGAUCUCCAACACAGCCUUUGACGACGUGUUAGUGACACUGGAGGAUCUGGAUUUGUCUUAUAACAACUUGCGCAGUGUGCCUUGGGAAGCCAUCCGCAAGAUGGUCAACCUCCAUCAGAUGAGUCUGGAUCAUAACCUCAUCUCCUUCAUUUCCGAGGGGACUUUCAUAGAUCUAGAUAAACUGGCCCGCUUGGACCUCACCUCCAACCGUCUCCAGAAGCUCCCUCCGGACCCCAUCUUUGCACGCUCGCAGAGCUACGUAGUGAUGAGCACUCCUUAUGCACCUCCACUUUCUCUAAGCUUUGGUGGAAACCCAUUGCACUGCAACUGUGAAGUCCUUUGGCUUCGAAGGCUGGAGCGGGAGGAUGAUAUGGAAACCUGUGCUUCUCCUGCUAGUCUAAAGGGCCGCUACUUUUGGUCUGUUCGUGAGGAAGAGUUUGUUUGUGAGCCCCCUCUGAUCACACAGCAUACACACAAGUUACUAGUGCUGGAAGGUCAAACGGCUAGCCUACGCUGCAAAGCAGUCGGGGAUCCAAUGCCAACUGUGCAUUGGAUUGCUCCUGAUGACCGUUUGAUCAGCAACUCCUCCCGAGCAACGGUAUACGAAAAUGGCACCCUGGACAUUACGAUCACCACAUCCAAGGAUUACGGGAUCUUUACUUGCAUAGCUGCCAACGCUGCUGGGGAAUCUACAGCCUCUAUUGAACUGUCAAUCAUUCAACUCCCCCAUCUGAGUAAUGGUACAAACCGUACCACGCAGUCCAAGUCGGGGCUUUCGGACAUAACUAGCUCUACCAAGACCAGUAAAGGGGAGCCUAAACCUCUACCAGAGAAGGUGGUGUCUGUAUCAGAAGUGACUGCCAUCUCUGCUCUGGUCAAGUGGACUGUUAGCAAAUCAACUCCAAAGGUCAAAAUGUAUCAGCUUCAGUACAAUUGUUCUGAAGAUGAAGUCCUCAUUUACAGGAUGAUUCCAAUGACUAACAGAGCCUUCGUAGUCACAAAUCUUGUCCCAGGGAUGCAGUAUGACCUGUGUGUCCUAGCCAUCUGGGAUGACACUGCCACCACCCUUACUGCCACCAACAUCGUCGGCUGUGUCCAGUUCAUUACCACUGAGGACUACCCGCAGUGCCAGUCUCUCCACAGUGGCUUCCUGGGCGGCACCAUGAUCCUGGUCAUCGGUGGCAUCAUUGUGGCCACGCUGCUGGUGUUCAUCAUCAUCCUCAUGGUGCGGUAUAAGGUGACCAGUGGCACCCAGACUAAUAAAUUACCCACUGUGAGCAACACAUACUCACAGACCAAUGGCGGGUUGAACAGGUUCAACGGUGCCCCGCCACAGGUCAAAUCCACAGUAGUGGUCAUGAGUGAGGAAAUGGUAGAGUUCAAGUGUGGAUCCCUCCAGAGCAGUCUCUCUUCAUCCUCAUCCUCUUCUAACUCAUUAGACAGCCAAACAGGAAGGGGGGCUGGUGACCGAUACAACAUGCAAGGCAGCGAAUGCAGCACCCUGCCCAGCAGCAAGUUCAGGAGGCACAGGCAUGGCCCCAAAUUACGGCCAAACCUGGACCACCUUUUAGGGGCCUUCACCUCACUGGAGCUGCAAGGGGUAGCGAGGGACCACCAUGGGGCUUCAGCCCCCCCCACCACAUCCAAUGCUGUGAUGACGGUGGCUAUGUUACCCCUGUCCGAUAAAGAACCCCUGCUCGGGCGGGCCGAGUCCACCACCAUGCUGGGACGUCUAUUAGGGGUGCCCCAGCAGGGUAAGCCCAAGAGGAGUCACUCGUUUGACAUGGGUCAUGUGGGGGCUGCACAGUGUCGCAGCAGCUACCCUCGCAGGAUCAGUAACAUCUGGACUAAGCGCAGCCUGUCUGUUAAUGGAAUGCUGCUGCAGUAUGAUGACAGUGAGGACGAGAAGCCCACUUUUGAGAGCUCUGAGUGGGUGAUGGAAAGCACAGUUUGAGUGGGUCGAACUGUGAGGUUCAUGGCCAAUAAAUCUAU